AAUAUAGCUAGUUCCCCGUUCAGUUUGUUUUAUAUGAUCAAAGCGAACAAGUUUAAUUCAUGAACGAAAUAACAUGACGAUAUUCAAUAGAAUAAUUCGGCAGAUAUGCUCGAAAAAAAAUUUAUCUCAGAUGCGGAACCUCACGUCAAAAACGGACAUGUACAAGGAAAAUAAACUUUUGAAAUUGACUUGUGUAAUUGGUGGAACUAUAGCACUGUAUACAGCUUAUAGAAUUAAAGUAAAUGAAGUGCAUGCGAGUCAAAUAAAAUCUGAGAAAGACUUGAGACAAGUGAAGCUUACGUCACGGGAAAAACGAUUCAUCAGAUUCGCAUCAGUGGAAUAUAACGGCCAACUUUAUAUGACUCCAAAAGACUUCCUUGAAUCGGUGGUUGAAGCAGAACCAAGACCUCGACUGAAGAGGAAAACCCUAACCGACAAAGAAAUAGAGAAAAUGAAGGAAUUCACUCCACCUCUCAAUCAGGGUGGCUCUAGACUUUUCCGUAGUUUGAGAGACAAAGGAAUAAUUUCAUACACGGAGUAUCUUUUUUUGUUAUCAGUAUUAACUAAACCACAAUCUGGCUUCAGAAUUGCUUUCAAUAUGUUCGACACUGACGGAAACCAGAAAGUGGAUAAAAACGAAUUUUUAGUUAUUACGAAUUUAUUCGGCAGUAAAAAGAAUGAGGAACUACAACGAAUGGAAAAAAUAUUCAGCCACGCUUGGCGUGGAAAAAGGGGGCUUUCAACCGAAACUGACAAAGUAGCCACCAUACAAGAUCAGUAUGUCGAUGACGAAGAGGGUCUUCAAAGGAGACAUUUCGUUGAUACAACCCUUAGUCUACACUUCUUCGGCCCUAAAGGAAACAACGAACUGAACUUCGAGAGUUUCAGGCAGUUCAUGCUCAAUUUGCAGAUGGAAGUGUUAGAACUUGAAUUCAGCGAAUUUGCCAAAGGCCUGCCGACCAUAUCCGAGGUUGAUUUCGCGAAAAUUCUCCUGAGGUACACUUAUCUGGACACAGAUGAGUACGAUAUGUACCUGGAUCGGCUGCUGGAUAGAAUCAAAGAGACCAAAGGCAUAACAUUCGACGAAUUUCAUGUUUUCUGUUUGUUUCUGAAUAAUCUCGAGGAUUUCAGCAUAGCUAUGAAGAUGUAUACUCUGGCGGAUCAUCCAAUCUCAAAAGAUGAAUUUCAUAGGGCUGUGAAAAUAUGCACUGGUACCAGUUUGAGUCCACAUUUGAUCCAUACUGUAUUCGCAAUUUUCGACGAUGAUGGUGAUGGAUUGUUGAGCUAUAGGGAAUUCAUUGCUAUCAUGAAAGAUCGUCUGCAUAGGGGUUUCAAGUCUUAUCCCAAAAAUGAAGGCUGGGAGGCUUUCAAGAUAUGCGUCAAGCAAGAAAUGAAAGCAGCAUAAUUUCUUUCCUUUUCAUUUGUGUGAUAAUUCUAUUCGGAUUUAUUUAUUGUUUGUACUUAAUAUUAGAAAUAACUUUUUGAUUCCUUUUUAUUUUUCUUUAAAAUCUAUUUAUAUAUGUUAUUUAUUCACAUAUAAUUAGUAUUGAUAUGCUGAGUGAAAAAAUUGGAUGAGGAAGCUAGUCAUUUAAUGUACAGUAUAACUAUAGUUACCAAGAUGUUGGAAAGCCAUAUUUAUAUCUAUAAUAUAUAUAAGUUAUUCACAAUUUAUUGAAUAUCGAUGAUUUGUUCACAUCGAAUUCGAUUUCAAGUAUUGUUUUGAGGGAGUUUUAUCUAGUCAUGCUUGUUUGCUUACUAUGAAGUGUUUUAUUUGUUUUGAUGACCAUUUCUCCUUAGGCAAAAUAUGUUUCUAAUGUUCUCCUCAAUAAAGAAUAUUUCCAUAGUC